CUCACCCUUGCUGUAUUUGUGGGCUCCAGCCCGGUGCGUCCCAGCCCCCUCGGGAGAGACUUUGUGGUGGCCUUCAUGCAGAACGGGCUCCACCAAACCCUCAACAGUGACUUCAAGCUGUUCAUCACAGGCCACUCCCCUGCCGCGGCCAUCGCCAUCUCCAUGAAGAGCCCAGGGCUGAGGAUUGCAGCCCAGGUGCGGUUGGCGCAAACCAUCCAUGUCAAGAUCCCGCCACAGGCUGAGAUGGUUGGGAGCAAAUCGUUUGAGAACGCCGUGGUUGUCCGGGCUGAUGGGGACAUCUCCAUGUUCGCCGUCAAUGAGAAGCCCGACUCGGUCGACGCCACCGUGAUCUACCCUGUGUCCAGCUUGGGCACAGAGUACUACGUUGUCACACCCACUGUGGGCACUGACCGCUAUGGCGAGUUCGUCGUUGUGGCCUGGGAUGAGCCCACGUCUGUGGACAUCCACCUCAAAGGGGCGGUUACCUUCGAAGGGCGGAUGCACCCUCGAAACAGCAUGCUCACCCUCCACUUGCAGGCCUUCCAGGCAGCUCAGCUGCAGAGCCCCGUGGACAUCUCUGGCACCCGGAUCGUGGCUCAGAAACCCGUGGCCGUCUACUCCGGGCACACGUGCGUGACAAGGUACGUCCACUGUGACCACGUGGCUGAGCAGCUCCUGCCCGUGUCCAGCUGGGGCACCAGGUUCAUUGUGCCCCCCUUGCCCUUUGAGACCCAGUCUGACAUUGUCUACAUCUCCACCUCCCAGAAGACCCUCGUGGAGUCCCAACACGGGGGACUCCGGUCUCAUCGGGGGUUGCCGGGUGGGCGGGCCACGCUGUAUGGCAUCCAGGCCUCCACCGCUUUGUCCCUCUCGGCCAACGCUGGCAUCCAAGUCACCUUCUUCUGCGAUGGUGGGGUGAAGGGGUCUGUUGCCUAUGACCCCUUCUUCAUGGCCAUCCCAGACAUCUCUAGCUACUGCCAGUCCUACCACAUCUUUGGGCAGGAGAAUUUCGAAAACUAUGCCCUCUUCAUGGUGAGGACGGCGGAGACAGCGGGACUCAUGCUAGACAAGCGGCCAUUAAGGAACCUCCCGUGGAAGCCAGUGCCCGGCACAGAGUACUCUUGGGCGGACUACAACCUGGGGAGGAAGUUCUCCAUACAUAACGUGGAGCAUGCCACCUCCCCCUUUGGCCUGCUGAGUGUCGGGAUAGCCAACCAGAAGGCCUACGGGGCUCCAGCCAUCUGUGCCACAGAUCCCUGCCAAGGUCUGAAAUGCCGGGAAAAGGAAACCUGCAGACUACAGAAUGGGAAAGCAGUGUGCAUCCAUAACUACAUGGGCACCUGCCUGGGGUCCCUGUCCCGGCAGUACCACACGUUCGACGGGCUGACCUUGGACCUCCCCGAUGGGUGUACCUACACUGUUGCCAAGUACUGUGGGAAGGACACCACCCUGGUUCCCUUCGCCAUCCAGGAGAAAAAUGGGAAGAACCACAAUGGGUCCACCCUGGGGCUGAGCCAAAUCUAUGUCUACGGCCACAAAAUCUCCAUCGACAAAGGAGCAAGGGGUGUUGUCCGGGUCAAUGACCAGGUCAUCCCCCUCCCAGCCACCAUGGAGGGUGGGAAGCUCCAGCUCUCCCAGGGUGAUGGCCGUAUUGUUCUCCGAGCCGAUUUUGGGCUGCAGGUGACAUACGAUGGUGACUGGACCAUGAUUGCAACCGUGCCCAGCAGCUAUUUUGGGAGCACCUGUGGGCUGUGUGGGAACUUCAAUGGGGAUGUAGAAGAUGAUGCGGCAUAUGCCAAUGACACCAGGGCCUUGUCUGGAGGUGCCUGGAUGGGGAGCUGGAAGGUGGAGGACGGAGACCCGGCCUGUGAGGAGUGCCAAGGCCUGUGUGAGCUGUGCCAGCCGACCCAGAGGCAGCUCUUUGGGGAUGAAGAGCACUGUGGGCUCCUCCAAUUGCCGGAAGGGCCCUUCAGGGACUGCCACACUGCUACAGACCCCACUGGCCCCUUCGACACGUGCCUCACCAAACUCUGCCUGGCCAGCGGGGAGCAACAGAUGCUGUGCCAGGAGCUGGAGAAAUAUGCAGCCACCUGCAGGCACCAUGGGGCUACCAUUGGCGACUGGAGGACUCUGUCAGGCUGUGCUCUGUCCUGCCCCAAGAACAGCCACUACGAGGCCUGUGGCACGGCCUGCCCAGCCACCUGCUCUGACCCAGCUGCCGCGUCCUCCUGCCAGAAGCCCUGUGAGAAUUCAUGCCAGUGCGACCCCGGCUACGUCCUCCAUGCCAGGCACUGCAUCCCCGAGGAGAGCUGUGGCUGUAGCCACGAUGGUCAUCAUUACAAGCCCAGAGAGGAGUUCUGGGCCGAUAAGAACUGCCGCACUCGGUGCCGGUGUGACCCAGUCCUGGGCUCGGUGACCUGUAAGGAGUCCAGCUGCAAGGCCCAUGAGAAGUGUACCAUGGUGAAUGGAGUCCGGAGUUGCAAGGCCAACACCUUUUCCACAUGUAUCGGUACUGGGGACCCCCACUACACCACCUUUGAUGGGCGCCGCUAUGACUUCCAAGGGAGCUGCAUCUACCAGUUUGCUUCUCUCUGCUCCCAGGACCCUGCACUGGUCCCCUUCACCGUCAUGGUAGAGAACAACCACCGGGGCAAAAGGGCCGUGUCCUAUACCAAGACAGUGACCCUGGAGGUCUAUGGCAUUACUUUCACCUUGAGCCAGGAGCACCCACGGAAAGUGAAGGUUGAUGGCGUCUUUGUGGAGCUCCCGUUCUCCCACCAGGACAAGCUCAAGGCUUACAUCAGUGGUGUCCAUGGCUUCAUCAAGACCAAUUUUGACAUGCGGGUGAGCUUUGACUGGUACAGCUAUGCCCGGGUAAUCCUCCCCACUACCUACGCCAAUGCUGUUUGUGGCCUGUGUGGCAAUGCCAACGGGAACCCCGAUGAUGACUUCACUAUGAAAAAUGGGAGCCAGGCAUCUGAUGAGGUCCAGUUUGCCAACAGCUGGCAGGUGGGGGAGGUGCCCGGGUGUUUGGCAGGCUGUACCGGGGACUGUUCAGUCUGUACCGAGGCGGAGAAGAUUCCCUACAAGGGUGACAAGUACUGUGGAGUCCUCACCAGAAAGGAUGGGCCUUUCCAGGCAUGCCAUGGGGUCCUGGACCCUGCGCCUUUCUUUGAGGACUGCGUCUUCGACACCUGCCUGUACAAGGGUCACCGUGACACUCUCUGCAGCAUCAUCGGUGCCUAUGUCACAGCCUGCCAGACUCAAGGCAUCCAGAUCAGGCAGUGGAGAUCAACCACCUUCUGCAGUCCCGUCUGCCCCCGUCAUGCCCACUAUGAGGUCUGUGGACCCAGCUGCCCGACCACCUGCCGUGACCCCUCUGCUCCAACAACGUGUGAUGCACCAUGUUCUGAAGGGUGUUUCUGUGAUGCUGGAUAUGUCCUCAGUGGAGACCAGUGCGUGCCAGCUGACGAAUGUGGCUGUGUGCACCGGAAUCGCUACUACAGCCGAGGACAGACCUUCUACACCGACACCUCCUGCCGGGAGAGAUGUCAGUGCCAGGCCAAUGGGGUGGUGACAUGCCAGCUGGCCACAUGUGGCUCCGGUGAGGAGUGCCGAGUGGAGAAUGGCAUUCUGGGCUGCCACCCUGUGGCCUAUGGGAAGCUUGUGUUGUCUGGAGAUACUCACUAUGUCUCCUUUGACGGCUGGGCCUUUGAUAUCCAGGGCUCCUGUGCCUACAUGCUGGCCAAAGUCUGCGGCAAGCAGCCACAUCUGGCCAACUUCUCUGUGGUGGUGGAGAAUGACCAGGCUGGGCCCGGGGCCAGGACACUGACACGGACUGUGGUGGUCUCUACCUAUGGCUAUACCAUCACUAUGGAGAGGGGGAGGCACUGGAAAGCAGCGGUGAAUGGGGAGCUCCAUACCCUGCCCCUGGCUCUGAACGACAGGAAGAUUUGGGCCAACCAGGAAGGGAACAACAUCAUAAUCCAGGCAGCCUCUGGCCUCCGCGUCCUCUAUGAUACUUCCUCCUACGUCCUGGUGACCGUCCCCAGCACCUACCAGGGUCACGUGUGUGGCCUGGGUGGCAACUUCAAUGGGGAUGAGAGUGACGACUUCCUGCUGCCCAAUGGCAAGAUGGCCAAGAACAUGGUUAACUUUGUGGCCUCCUGGAAGGUCCCCACAGACGGUGCCACAUGCUCGGAUGGCUGUGGAGACCAAUGCCCUGUGUGUGAUGAAACCAAGAUGGCGCCGUACCGGGCCAAGACCUCUUGUGGGGUCAUCCGAGCCACAUCUGGCCCCUUCGCCAGCUGCCACUUGCUGGUCACCCCCGACAACUACUACAGAUACUGUCUCCAGGACAUGUGUGCAGCUAAUGGGGCGCAGGAGACCCUCUGCCAGAGCCUCCAAGCCUACAUGGCCGCCUGCCAAGUGGUUGGAGCCGAGGUUGGUGUCUGGAGAUCCGCCACAUUCUGCCCUCUUGCCUGCCCACCCCACAGCCGCUAUGAGGCAUGUACCAGGUCCUGUGACUUCACAUGUGCCAGCUUAUCCGUGCCCAGCCAGUGCGCUGGGAGAUGUUUUGAAGGCUGCCAGUGUGAUGAUGGCUACAUGUUCGAUGGGGAGUCCUGUGUGUCGAUGGAGCAGUGCGGUUGCCUGCGGGAAGGGCGCUACUUUAAGGCCGAGGAACGAGUCAUCACUAGCAACUGCUCGGAGAAAUGCUCCUGCCACACCUCAGGUGGGCUUGUCUGUGAGGCGACUAGUUGCCCUGUGGGGCGGACAUGUGCCCUCCGGGCUGGGGGCCUGGGCUGCAUGAUGGAGGAAGGCCGGUGUACAUUGACCCCCGGGGCCUACUUCACCACAUUUGAUGGGGCCUCUGGGCAGCUGCUCUACAGUGGGACAUACAAGGUGGCUGCCCUCUGCAACGAAGCAUCGCCCAACUGGUUCAAGGUGGUGAUGGAAGUCAGCAAAUGCCGUAAGGACAGUGUCCUGUCGGCCACGGCGAUCUUCGUCUUCUUCCGGGAGGCUUUUAUCACCGUGAACAGCAACAUGGAGGCUCAGGUGAACGGGCUCUUUGUGAAGCUCCCGGCACAGGUUUCCAACACUGUGUCCCUGAAUGAGUCCCAGGGCAGCAUCACCAUCACUCAGGUCUCAGGGGUGCAGGUCACAUUCAGCCCUGAAGGGGAGGUGACUAUAAUUGCCAGGGAGAACCUCAUCAACAAACUCUGUGCACCAUGCGGGGACUUCAAUGACAACGUCUCCGAUGAUCUGCGACUGCCCAGUGGAAGGGUUGUGGGGACCAUCGCAGAGGUCAUCGAUGCUUGGAAGGCCAGAGACUUUACGGGGUGUGACUGACACCCAAAAGGCAAAGAACAUCUCUGCCAUGCCUACAGCCACAUACGAACCAACGUGGAAGCCCCCGUGUACCCUCCGCCAUAGGUGGUGUGGAAGCACAACAUGCAAUGUGAGCAGAACCCAUCUCCACCAUGGGCCUCAGCUGCCUCUGUCCUCUCCAUUCCCCAGAGACCAGCCUGCCAAGAUGCACAGCCAGGCUGCGACCCAUCAAACACUUGGCUUCUCUAGCUUUGGUAAUCACAGCUUGCACGUGUGUGGACACGCAACUCACCCACGCGCACUUGGGUCACAGCAGGCUGGGGGAGGGGUUGGGAGGGAACAUAGCCCAGGUUGUCACAUAUGAACAUGUCAGUGUGAUCAUGCUUGCUGUACGUGUGCACGCAAUCCCAUGCGCGCGCGCGCGCGCACACACACACACACAUGAAAACAAAACCCAGGCAUCCGGGACAUACACAUGCACAGAUAUCUAUGCAUGCACACACACAGAACCCAAGUGUCCAGGACACAUGGACACACACACACACAUAUCCACACAUGCACACACACAGAACCCAGGUAUCCAGGACACACACACACACACAUAGGCAGGUUUGAUCCUGCUCAGCAAAGGGCACUGUGUGUGCAUGCAUGUGCGCGCGUGCGCGCACACACACACACAAGCACAAUCACGCACAAGCACAAGCACGCACACAGGCACACAGGUGACUGUGCACAUGCAUUAACACAAUCACAUGCUUCUGUGUGCACAACCAUGCCCUCACAGAAACAUGCAUACUCCCCAAACAUACAUGCACACAUAUUCACAUGAUGAUACACUUGUGUUUGCACAAUCACACCUUCACAGACACCUGCACAUGUGUACACACAUACACAUGUAGACACACAGAACCCAGGCAUCUGGGACAUGGACACACACACACAUGCACAUAGAGUUGUGCACAAAGAACAUAGGCAUACCCAAUCCUAUUAAACUGGGGACAGAGCAUACAUGCAAACACACGUGUGCACAUAUACAGAUACACCCACAUGUGCAUAACACACAUGUGCACACAGUCCCACCCCCCUGCUUGUACGCCCACCACCCUGCCUGCCUGCCCGUGCACACACCUGCUGUACAUAAAGCCUGAACGACCCCCAUGUGGGAGUCCCCUCCAGCCUAGCAGAGCAGAAAUGUCCAAGGAAUUAGAGGCUGGACCCAGCCCAGGGGAUUUGGACACCUCGCUCCUCCAUGGACACUGGGGGGCUUCUUUAUGAAUCACACCAGAUAUGGCAAAAGAGAUGGGUUCUCCCAGCCUUGGCCUUGUUCUGACUCACUCCAGUGGCCAGUGGACAGAGCAAUAAAGCCUUCCA